AUUUGACCUAUUUUUAAUAAGCACCAAACCAUUAAAAAAAAAACUCCAAUCAAACACUUCCCAAGACAAAUCAUUUUAUCAGUUCAGAAUUCUCAAUCUUUCUGCGUAUUCUUGGCAUAAAACACUUUUAUUUUCUCCCUUUUCCUCCCCUUUCCGUCAGGGGAAAAAAGGUUGAAUUUUUAAGUUAAGAGCUCUAUUCAAUUCGCAGCUCAAGCUUAGACAGAGAGCCAGGCCGAGAGAGAUAUUCUGAGCGAACGAGAAACCGAGACAGAGGGAAAAAGGAGGUCGGGGAAGGGCGGAAUUGAGGAGCGCCGUGGUGGGAGCUGCGGAUCUGGUCCUGAGAUUUCCUCCCCGCCGGCGAACUUGUUUGAUCCCUCCGGAGAAUGCGUUGUUAACGGAAGCUAUCACAUCAGAGAUUCGGUUUUUUUAAAGUAUUCGGCAUUUUGGUGAAGCUAUGAAAAACGGCAUGAUAGAAUGCAGCGUGUGCCAUUCCAAGCUGGUGCCUCCAUCUUCCAAAACAGUUUCGAGGGCUUAUGACAGGCACAAGAGCAGGGUGUCGUCCAAGCUGAGAGCCCUGAAUGUGUUGUUGGUUGUGGGUGAUUGUAUGCUAGUUGGCUUACAGCCUAUAUUGGUGUAUAUGUCCAAGGUGGAUGGAAAAUUUGAGUUCAGCCCAAUAAGUGUAAACUUCUUGACAGAAAUUACGAAAGUCGUAUUUGCAAUUGUUAUGCUUAUUUUACAGGCUAGAAGUCAGAAAGUCGGGGAGAAGCCACUUCUAUCGAUCUCUACUUUUGUACAGGCAGCUCGUAACAAUGUCCUUCUUGCGGUUCCUGCGCUUCUCUAUGCUAUCAAUAACUAUUUAAAGUUCAUAAUGCAGCUUUAUUUUAAUCCUGCAACGGUGAAGAUGCUUAGCAAUCUGAAGGUUCUGGUCAUUGCUGUUUUGCUGAAGUUAGUAAUGAAGCGUCGCUUCUCUAUAAUUCAGUGGGAAGCCCUUGCUUUGCUGCUCAUUGGUAUUAGCAUAAAUCAGUUACGCUCAUUACCUGAAGGUACUACUGCCUUGGGCCUUCCAGUUGCAACGGGUGCUUAUAUGUACACAUUUAUCUUUGUAACAAUCCCAUCUCUGGCCUCUGUAUUUAAUGAGUAUGCUCUGAAGAGUCAAUACGAUACAAGCAUAUAUCUUCAGAACCUGUUUUUAUAUGGCUAUGGUGCUAUAUUCAAUUUUCUGGCUAUACUGGGAAUGACCAUCGUUAAAGGUCCCAGUAGCAUGGAUAUCCUCCAUGGUCAUUCAAGAGCUACAAUGCUUCUAAUAUGUAACAAUGCAGCCCAAGGAAUUUUGUCCUCUUUCUUCUUCAAAUAUGCAGACACUAUUCUGAAGAAGUACUCGUCAACGGUGGCCACAAUCUUCACGGGCAUAGCAUCUGCGGCAUUGUUUGGUCACAAGUUGACAAUGAACUUUGUGUUGGGAAUUUCAAUCGUGUUCAUUUCAAUGCAUCAGUUUUUCUCCCCUCUUGCCAAAGUCAAAGAUGAACCCCAUAAUGGGGUUGUGGAACUGAAGGAAGAGGACCCCCAAAGGUCAAAGGAAUCGUUCAUAAACAUGGCAGCAGCCACGAACGAAGAGAUGACUCACCGCGUAGGCCAUGACGAAAGGCAGCCACUACUUCCUACCUAAAGUUUUGUAGAGUACAUACCACAUACAUGAAGGCAUCCCUUUUCUAUAAGGGGAAUUCUUUUGGCAGAUGGUGGACUUAACACAGAGUGAUAAGUUUGUCGCCUCAGACCGCAAAAUAAUCGAAAAAUGAAAAGAAAAUAGAAGAAUAUUUUACAGUUUGGGAAUGGGGGAUACUAUUUGGCAUCAUUAGCAGAGAGAACCCAUUAGAAGAAGAAUGAGUGAAGUACAAAAUGCAAAUGACUGUGUUUUUGGAGGGUUUUACCUGUAUUCAUCUUGGACAGUAGAUUCAUAUAUAUAUCUUUGUUCUUUUUUCACCUUUCUUGAUCUCUAUUUCAUAUUAUUAUUUUCUCAGAAUUAGAACCUUGUGACCUUGUUCACUGUUGUUACAAUGUCCAUGUAAAAAAGAUGAGAGAUUUGCUCUCCUGUAUUCUGUUCUUUUUUUCUUCUUCAAUCAUUCCGGCACGAUACGAGGAAUGUUUCGUUGUAAUGGCCGUUCUGUUUAUAGACGAAACGUAUCCUUUGAUGAAGCCCUUAGCGCGCUCGCUUGCUGCAAUGUUAUGUUUGCUUGGGAUGA